AUGCCUUACCUGAAGGAGAUUGAAGAGUUGUUCCACGCAGGCAACGACCAUCCUUCAGAGUCAUCCAAGGCUGCUUGCUUGAUUGAACAGUGUCAUACAGCUGCAGUCGACCGGAUUCUUGAAAGCGAACCGAAGCCAACAGAGCCGGUAAGGCCUCAAGAAACUCUCAUCACACCCUGUGGAGUAGUUUCGGCAGCACAACCAGAGUGCAAAACCACGAAGCCUGAAAGUACAACUUUCAGAACUGCGAGAGCCACAUUGGAAGAGAAGGCGAACCAGCUUGGCGCGCAGCAUUUGCAGUGCACUGACGAAAAGUUCAAAACGCACUGCGAACCAAUUGCAAAACACGUGCGUCUUGCUAUGCAUGCCGCUGAGUUGAGAAGGUUUGUUGUCCGCGACCCCGUGAAGAUUGACCAUGCAGUGUCCGUGCGACUGAAAGAUGGCCGAGAUGUUGAGAUUGUGACGCGCAGUGAUUUCAGCACGGGGCUUCCAGUGUUCGAAGUCCAAGAUUUGCUAACAGAAGAGGAGUGUGCAGCGAUUCGUUCAGCUGCUCCCUCCUCCAUGAUGGAAGAAAGCCUAACAGAUAACGACGACAAAGGCCAACCCAUCAGUCCUCGGAAAGCCGCGAAAAUGUUCAAAGAUCUCGACGAGAAUCGUGACAAAGCCUUGGAUGCAGAAGAAAUCGCGCAGUUUUUCAGAGAGGCCUUUGAUUUGGUGGACUUUACCUGGGACUUUUUGACCCCAAGGGUGCCGAACCUGACAAAAACCAACACGAAGGUAAGGAAGCAGGAAUUCAUUGCCACAAACUGGAAUCAACUCUUCGCCGACGCAAAGAAGUUGCACCCAGAAUGGUUUGCUCGGCAUUCCCGUCAGACUUGGAUGAUGUACUCAGAGCACUCUUUCCUCCAGAGUGUCUUGGACAAUGUUGCAGCAGUCACUGGCUUGUCAGAAACCCUGGUUCGUGAGACUGCGGAGAGCAUGCAAGUUCUGGUCUAUCCCCCAAAUGGGGGGCACUAUUCGUGUCAUCAUGAUACAGCACCUGACUAUCCCGAUGACGCGCGCUUCAUGACAGUAUUUUUUUUUCUGAAUGACGUCACUGAGGGAGGUGAAACGGUGCUUUUCGGCACCGACUUGAAUGGUACGUAUGGAAAAGAGAGGGCGCUUCAGGGAGAAGAAGUUUGGGGAGAAAUUGAAUCUCGAUGCCAAUCGGUGGCCAGCUGCCCUCGGAAUGGCACAAUGCCUCCGCCAUUUUCUACAGCUUUGGCAGUGAAACCGCGGAGAGGAACAGCUCUUUUCUGGUACAACAUGGCGAUAGACUCCAAAGGCCAACCUGGACGUUUUUACUGGUCGAGCAUACACGGAGGGUGUCCUACCAGAUCAGAAGAGAAAUGGGCUGCGAACAUUUGGCUGCACAACACCAGGCAAUCGGAAGAAGACUGUGGAGCAGGAACUUUAGCUGUGGAGAAGUAG